AAGCAUCGAAAAUGAACAACGAUUGUGAUGGACCCGAAACCAGGUAUUGAUCUCAACGAUCUAAUCGUAAAAAAUUGGUUUUGAUACGGAGGGUGCAUACCUCGCCGUUGGUUCAUAUUUUCACGGGAUCAUUUUCAUUUGAACUCCUACGGUCCUACCCUAUACAUAAGCAUCACAAGCCAAGCCAUCAGAAGGAAAAGGAAGAAAGAUUGGUAAUUUGGUGUCGAUAUACCAACCAGCAGUGAUGGCGGCGAUCUCUUUCAACUGUUCAGUUCGAUCGGACACCGCGUCUUUCUCCUCCUCUCUUUCCCCUCUCUCCCGACAACUUCUUCGCCGGCCCCUACUCUCUCACGGAAGAUUCUCCGACAUAUCUAUCUCCUCUCAUGCCGUAUUUCCGUCUCUCCGUCGCCGCAUUUCCUGCCAGAGCUCAUCUGCUGCACCUUCUGUUUCAUCUGCCGUUAAUGGAAAAGCGAAAGAAAAUAUGAAGGACUUUCUGCAUAUUAGUGAUUUUGACAAAACCACUAUUCUGAAGAUCCUUGAUCGUGCCGUUGAGGUAAAAGCUCUGCUAAAAUCAGGGGAAAGGACAUUUCUUCCAUUUAAAGGGAAGACAAUGGCAAUGAUCUUCACAAAGCCAUCCAUGAGGACUCGGGUUUCAUUUGAGACUGGGUUCUUUUCGCUAGGUGGGCAUGCCAUAUAUUUGGGUCCAGAUGACAUUCAAAUGGGCAAGCGGGAGGAAACACGUGAUGUUGCUCGUGUUCUCUCUGGCUAUAAUGACAUCAUAAUGGCACGUGUUUUUGCUCAUCAGGACAUCCUCGACCUGGCUAAAUAUGCUACUGUGCCUGUCAUUAAUGGCCUGACAGAUUAUAAUCACCCAUGCCAAAUUAUGGCUGAUGCACUCACAAUAAUUGAACAUAUUGGUCAGCUGGAGGGAACCAAGGUUGUCUAUGUUGGAGAUGGAAACAACAUUGUACAUUCAUGGCUAUUGAUGGCAUCAGUGAUUCCUUUCCACUUUGUCUGUGCCUGCCCAAAAGGCUUUGAACCCGAUCAAAAGACUGUUGAUAAGGCCCGAAGUGCUGGAAUUAGCAAAAUUGAGAUAACCAAUGAUCCAAGGGAAGCCGUUAGAGGAGCUGAUGUUGUCUACUCAGAUGUUUGGGCCAGCAUGGGUCAAAAGGAAGAAGCUGCAUAUCGUCGUCAAGCCUUUCAGGGAUUCCAGGUAGAUGAAGCCCUUAUGGAGAUAGCAGGUCCAAAAGCUUAUUUCAUGCAUUGUCUACCAGCAGAAAGGGGCGUAGAAGUCACUGACGGGGUAAUAGAAGCUCGCAACUCUAUCGUCUUCCCACAGGCUGAAAAUCGGAUGCAUGCACAGAACGCUAUCAUGCUUCAUGUGCUUGGUUUGUAACAACUUCCUGACAGCUUAAACACCAGCUUUGGAUUGAGUGGACCCGUCCAUACUCAGACAACUAAAAUGCCAAUUUAGGGUUACAGUUUAAAACUUUAAACGAAAAUUUUGUAGCAAUUAACGAUGCAUUAUCUUCAUGUAGACUUUACGUUGAUUCACCCUUUAAGGCAUUAGCGAACUAAAUGGAUUUGGGCAAAGAUCUCAAUUCUCAACUGAAAGAAAGGCUCUACACCCCUUUUUCUUUA